UUUAAUAAGUGUCCGAACGUUGUACUCGCUAAACAUCUAGUUACUCGAGAUGAUAGAGCGACCAACAUUUCCAAAGAUGGUAGAUUUUCUGGUUGCACAAUAUGGUUCACUGGUCUAAGUGGAGCAGGUAAAUCAGCACUUGCAUUCGCUCUUGAGAAGAGAUUAAUAGCAAUGGGCAUCAACGCUUACUCCCUUGAUGGUGAUAACAUCCGUCUUGGUCUCAAUAAAGACCUCAAAUUUUCGAAUAAAGAUCGCGCUGAGAAUAUUCGUCGAAUCGCUGAAGUGGCUAAGCUCUUCGCUGAUUCUGGCCUGGUCACUCUCACGAGUUUCAUCAGUCCAUUCGAAAAUGAACGUCGAUUUGCUCGAGAGUUGCAUGCCAAGUGUGGACUCCCCUUCUUCGAGGUGUAUUUGUCCACUCCUUUGGAGGUUUGUGAAGCUCGUGACACGAAGCAGCUUUACGCUAGGGCUCGACGUGGGGAGAUUCCGGACUUUACUGGGAUUAGUUCACCUUAUGAGCCACCUAUUAAUCCGGAAGUUUCUCUAAACACUGCUGAGAUCAGCUUGGAGGAGUGUGUUGAGAGACUUAUCCGAGUCAAUAUUUGUGAACUAUAUGUCCCUGAGCCAGAAAAGAAGGCACUACUGGAAGAAUCAAGGGCCUAUCCACAAUUGGAAAUAACAAAAAUCGAUCUCCAAUGGAUUCAAAUUCUCGCUGAAGGUUGGGCAUCUCCUUUGCGUGGAUUUAUGCGUGAAACCGAGUACCUUCAAGUUCUUUUUUUUGGCGGAUUAGUUGAGGGAAUAAUCAAAGUGUCCUAUUUAUUGUUUUAUUUAGGACGUGGUAUGUACAGCAAUCUUCCAAUUCCAAUAGUCCUUCCAGUUUCGGAGGAAGACAAGAAUCGAUUGUCAACGGAUGUUAAACACAUCACUCUGACCUACCGUCAAAAGGUCAUGGCUGUGCUUCAAAAUAUCGAAUUCUACCCGCACAGAAAGGAGGAGAGAUGCAAUCGAAUCUUUGGAAUUUGCGAUCGAGGUCAUCCAACUAUCGAUCAGAUCAUGUCAACCGGCGAUUGGUUGGUGGGUGGUGAUUUGAAGGUUUUCGAGAAAGUGGUCUGGAAUGAUGGACUUGACCAAUUCCGCUUGAGUCCACUCUUAUUGCGCGAGAAAUUCAAGGAGCUUGAGGCGGAUUGCGUUUUCGCAUUUCAACUUCGAAAUCCAAUCCACAAUGGCCACGCUCUUCUGAUGCAAGAGACUCAUCGACGAUUGAAAGAGGAACGAGGUUUCAAUCAUCCUCUAUUACUCCUUCAUCCUCUAGGAGGCUGGACUAAACCUGACGAUGUUCCACUGAACAUUAGAAUUCGCCAACACCAAGCUUGCCUACAGGAUGGUAUUCUAGAUCCAAAAUCAACUCUUCUAGCCAUCUUUCCUUCACCAAUGAUCUACGCUGGCCCGAGAGAGGUUCAGUGGCAUGCCAGAUGUCGGCAGGUUGCUGGAGUUCAAUUCUAUAUUGUUGGACGUGAUCCAGCUGGACUUCCGCAUCCUUCUCGUCCAGGUGUGGAUCUCUACGACCCCACUCAUGGAGCUAAGGUGUGUCUUUAA